AUGACCGUAACAGAGCGCCGCGUAGUGGCGAACGACGCAGCGUCGACGGACGCCGGCGCUGCACCCAGCGACGACGUCGACAAGCCCGAGUAUGGCGCCCUCAAACGGCAGGUUAAUGCGAUUGUCGCGAACACGUCGUGGUGGCAGCUAUACGGCGUCGACUGGUCGCAUAUCAUCAUCAGCGCCCUCUUGCUGUGGCCGCUAGGACUGGUGCUGUUCUCUCGCGGCGGGAUGGCGAACUACGUCGUCGGCUUGUUGCUGCAGGGCGUCGCCUAUGCUAUUGUCGCCAACAAGGGCGGCCACAUCGCGUCGCACGGGGCGCUGUGCCGGUCGCGCACGUGGGCGCGCUUCUGGUGCUGGCUGUUCGUCGAAUGCCACGGUUCGUACUCGGCCGCCAUCGCCACCGAGGUGCACAUCCGCGUGCAUCACCCACACACGAACGUCAUCGGGCUCGGCGACAGCAGCUCGUGGAAGGCCCCGCACCUGCCGCGCUACAUCUACAUGUUCGUCGCGCCCGUCUCGCUGCCCGUUAUCACCCCGUUCGUCGCCAUUCGGGAGCUGUGGGGGCGCUGGAAUCGCCUCGCACGCUUUCUCGUCGGCAUGCUGUCGGGACUCGGCGUGCUCCUUUCGCUGCUGUGCUACGUCGGCGGCUUCAGUCUGCCAGCAGCCAUCGUGACGCUGUACGUGGGCAGAGCGCUACUGGCGGUCCCCUACAUCCACAUCAACAUCUUUCAGCACAUCGGCCUUCCCAUGUACUCGGACGAGACUCGCCCGCCGCGGCUGCAGCUGAUGAGUACGGGGUGUCUGAAUCUGUCCCGCCAUCCAAUCCUCGACUACUGCUUCGGUCACUCUCUCGUCAGCUGCCACGUGGAGCAUCACCUCUUUCCCGAACUGUCGGAUAACAUGUGCUUAAGGGUGAAGCCGGUCGUAAGAAAGUACUUGCUCGAUCACAAGCAGACCUACAACGAGAGCACGUAUACAAACCGCCUGCAGCUGUUCGUAAAGAAAUACAAAGAGCUGAUGGUCGACCCGCCCUCCGUGUCUGAGUUUGUCGGAUUUGGUCUCCAGUGACGCAACGAAAGACACAAGCAAAUCACAAGAGCAGUAACAGAUGGAGAGACAAACAAAUUCCAACAAGAGAAACUUAAUGGGAAUAGCCAUAACAUAUUGAUAUCGAACGACUAUUAGGAAGUCCUUUGCAGGGCUAACACCACGCGUUACUGUCGUUAUUGGACUCAGUCAGAGCUGUUGGCAUCGCUACAUUUGCCAAACAGUCAACUUUGAGAGCGUUCUAUCAGACGUGGAUCGUACAACGUUAUCUUAUUAUAUUAUCUUAACUGAAUUAUUUUACUAAGACAUAUACGCGUCGUCCUGCUGGUAAACGCGUAACCACGGAUGCAUCAGUACACGGCUCGCAGCCAUAGUCGCUGCCGGGUAGUCGUGUCGGAUUUGAUUCUUUAAUUGAUUGUUUAAUUUAUACUCACUAUAAAUACCCGCGUCUACUCGUGUGAUCAGCGGAGAUUUAUGUACGAGUCUGAUGUUAAGCUCGAUCAAAUGUAUUUACCCUGCGAAAUGUGAGCUUAUAGGGAAUGGAUACGAAAGUAUUAUGUUAACCGGAAAGUGCCGUCGAUGUCCGACGUUUGAUGGUGUUAAUCCUAUAUCUAUAUAUUUAUGAUUUAAACAUUAGUUCUUUACUUAAUUAGUAUUAAUUACUAUCAGGUAACACUUGCCGAAUGUAGUCAGUCGAUCUAUACGGUUGUGUGAUACCGUAAUGACAUUGCAUCAUGAUCUUCUUUAUGCUGAUUCAGCUUUUGUACACGGUUAAAAGCUGUUCGUUAACCAUAAUAUGUUAUUAAUUAACAUGGGGAAUAUCCUCGACUAACUGGAUUCGUAAUUAUUGCGCAUUGUCGAGUCAACAACGACAUGGCCGUCCGAAUACUGUCGCAGACCUGUCAUCGUUGGCGUGUUAGCAGUGUCACCAAUAUAUGAGCAUGGUCUCAGCAUCGCUCUGAACGUUUCGGUAUCGUCAUCGCUGCGAUCGUCACCAUCAUCCCGUCGUGGGAGAUCAUCGUUACACACUCGUCAACGCAGUGGUCAAGGAAAUUACAUAAACUGAAAUGACACAUUGUCAUCAUUAACGGUAGCUUCGUUAUGUGCGUGUGUGUAUGUCCGUCUGUGCGUGCGUGCGUGCGUG